CAUGAACACCAUGAUUUGAGGCUAGCGGGUGCACGCUGAUUCCAAUCAUGGAUGUAAUCUCAAGCUUUAAAUAUUGCAGCAGUUUCAAUGUUCUUCCAAGUCCCAGCUUAACUUCUGAAUCAAUGAGAGAUCCGAUAUCAACACCUGCCCGAUUGAAGAGACCAUAGUUGCUUAGCCAACCAAGAUGUCACAACCAACCUCCGGAAAGGCUUCCCGCCCCUCAACCCCAGUGCCAUUGCCGCUUCUCCCAAGUCAAGUAGUAGAGCUCCAUCAUGUCGCAGGCUCCGCGCGGAAGAGAUACAAUAACAGUGCCUUGAAACAGUCCAGGAGCCAUGUUCAUCCGGAAUCUUUGAUCGAAAUUCACAAGGCAAAUGAACGACGCUAUCGAGAACGGCUGCAACAAGAGUGCAAUGCCCAUGCUAUCACACGAAACGAACUGGAAUCAGAGAGAAAAUUCCAUCAGGACGCUGCGGAGGCCAAUGCACAAUUACAUCAUGGUCUCCUUCAAGCAGAAGCUGCGCAAGCUAUUCUUCGACAACAGCUCAGUAUAGAACAAGGGGCGCACAGAGCCGCUACAGCUGAGCAAACCCUUCUCCGACAACAACUUGGUGCAGAAAGGGAGGCACAUCAAGCCACUGCAGCUGAUUUGGCACAUGCAGUUAGAUGGUGCCAUUGGGUUGAUAGCCUCGUAGAUGUCAAGCGCCUCGAGGAGAACAACACCUUGCACCUGGAUGACAAGUCGCGCCAACUUGGUGACAUUAUCCUGGACGUUCAAAACAAGAUGGAAGAGAAGUACGCUGCAUACUACCAACAGCAGGAUGACCUCAUUUCAGAGCUUCAGCAAAGAGUCAACGUCUAUUCGCAGCCGGUUGAGGGGUUUCCAAGAACCACAAGGUCAGCAAAUUAAGUUGAAGAUAUUUAAGGGCUAGGUGAAUAUUAGCAUAUAGCUACCAUCAAUCAAUGAACAUUAUUGUUUAGGCAUAAGGGCAUUGAACACAGGGUAUUACGUAUAAGA